AUGAAGAAAGCGAGGGUUCUGCUAAAACCCUCUUUGCUCCCCAGUUGCUUAACCAGAGCCAAGUACUUCUUCUCAUCUGUUUCUCAGUUACCCUCUAUCUCUCACCAGAUGGAGACGGAUCCUUCGUCGGGUUCGGAGCGUUACUGUUAUGAUCCAGUGUUGCGAUGGGAUCCCCAAGUUGAAGACUACUUCAAUAAAGCUUAUGGAACUGACCACUUUGCUCGCAUUUCAAAGGCUCUCACGCGCCCAUCUUCCUACUCCUGCAUUCGGGUGAACACAGUUAAAACAACAAGUGACGCGGUUAUUGAAAAGCUUACGAAAAUCUUAAACGACUCCGAAGAUGGCUUGAAGCUAGUGCAACCUGAUGGAAGUAGCCCCAUCUCCAAGUGUCAGAUUCCUGGUUUGGAAUAUGUUGUUUUUGUCAAUGGUUCUGGACCACAUAAAAUUCAAUAUGACUUUGGCCUUGAAAACCCUCCGAAAGAGGUACUAGUGAGCAGGAAGUGUGCUGAAGCAGUUCUUAGAGGAGCCCAGGUCUAUGUUCCAGGUGUACUGGCUUGCACUGCACACGUUGAGAAAGGAGAUGCAGUUGCUGUCUGUGUAGCUAUCGAACAACCUGGCGAUGAAGGUGACUGGAGUGUUAAUAUGACUCGUGGGACCACCCUUCAGGGUCUACCGAAAGAUCCUUUCUAUUGUGAACGCAGUGGACUAUAUAUCGGCAUGGGCACUACUAUGCUGUCAAGGGCUGGGAUGUUUCGUGUUUCUCAUGGAGUUGCGGUAGAUUUGAGUAAUAGAGUUUUCAGAUUGCCUUCUUUCCAUAAUGUCCUCGAGGGGGAAAUAUUUCUCCAAAACCUACCAAGUAUUGUUGCUGCUCAUGCUCUUGAUCCUCAGAAAGGGGAGAGGAUAUUAGAUAUGUGUGCAGCACCAGGAGGGAAGACUACUGCAAUUGCUAUACUUAUGAAGGAUGAGGGAGAGAUAGUGGCAGCAGAUAGAUCUCAUAACAAAGUGCUGGAUGUCCAGAAAUUGUCAGCUGAGAUGGGCUUAAGUUGCAUAACAACGUGUAAAUUGGAUGCGCUAAAGUCUGUUUGUCUUCCAAACACACUCAAUGAUUCAAAAACAGUAGUUAACGGUGACAAUAGUGGUUCUAUGACAUCAAACAAGGAAAUGGCAUUCGAUGCUUCUAGAAGACCUGAGGCUGAAAAAUCGUGUGAGAAAACUGCCACCACUGAACAGUCAAAUGGAGGGGAUAAUGUUAGCCAAGCUGAAGUCAGGAAGAAUAAGGGAAGGCUGAAAAAUGGUCGCGGAAGAACUCAAACCCAAGGUGGAAGGGCUGGAACCUCACAAGGUUUCCCGCCUAAUAGUUUUGAUAGGGUCCUUUUAGAUGCUCCUUGUUCUGCUCUUGGCCUGAGACCUCGUCUUUUCGCUGGACUGGAGACUGUAAUAUCUUUGAGAAACCAUGGAAGGUACCAGCGGAAAAUGUUUGACCAGGCUGUUCAAUUGGUUCGCGUUGGUGGAAUUCUUGUAUACUCAACAUGCACAAUUAACCCUAGCGAGAACGAGGCCGUGGUUCGCUAUGCUCUUGACAAAUACAAAUUUCUUUCUUUAGCACCACAGCAUCCUAGGAUUGGAGGCCCUGGUCUAGUUGGUCGAUGUGAAUUCCCGGACGGAUAUAUCGAGGAGUGGUUAAAAUCAGGUGAAGAAGAAAUGGUUCAGAAAUUCGACCCGUCAUCGGAGCUCGAUACCAUCGGGUUCUUUAUAGCUAAAUUCAGCGUCGGCUCCAAGGAUUAAAAUGCUGAUCCCUGAUCCAAGAAAUUCCACACAAAAAAUUGUGGUUUAUACAUUGUUUUUGAACCCGAGAUUGGUAUUUUUAUUGAUCUUGUUUACUAAAUGAGAUGGGAAGACAUUUCU